CUCAUGGCCAAAAGCAGGAGGGGGCUUGGCCAGCAAGCAGGAGAAACAACUUGCUGUUCUUCCUAACUCUCAAAUAGAAAAUGUCUGCAAAUGGUGGAAGCAUCCAGGCUGCUGAGAACAAGGAGAGAGCCCAGGAGCUUUUUAUGUGUGCCUUGAACCUGACAAGCCUUGCUGAUCGACAUUCUCCGUUGAUGUUGAAUUCGUCAAGUCUACACAAAGUUCUAGGUCAUGUGCAUUCCUGUCAAGAAAUGCUCUCUGGGCUGGAGAAGAAGAUACCACACAUUAAGACAGAGCCGGAAGAGGUGCACUCUGAGGGGACCUCACAGGAGGACAGGGCUCCAAGUGCACGGGACUGGGUGCCUCUAAGUCCUGGCCCUAAGGAGAAAGCUCUCUUCUUGCCUGGGGGAGCCCUUCCUUCUCGGAUCCCCAUGCUUUCCCAUGAGGGGAGGACCCGAGAUCGGCAGAUGGCCGCAGCGCUCCUCACUGCCUGGUCCCAGAUGCCAGUGACCUUUGAAGAUGUGGCUCUGUACCUCUCCCGGGAGGAGUGGGGACGUCUGGACCACACCCAGCAGAACUUCUAUAGGGACGUGCUACAGAAGAGAAAUGGGCUGGCCUUGGGGUUUCCCUUCAGCAGGCCUCUCUGGGCCCCCCAAGUGCAGGGAAAGGGCGAGGCUGCCAGCUCCAGCCGGCAGACAGGAGCUGAGAAGGAAGAGAAGAGAGGCCCUGGUUCAGGAACCUUGGAGGUGGGGAAGGAGGUGCCAGCUGCACCCAUGGGAGCCCUAGGGGAUGUGAAGCCCUUGCCAACCAAAACCCGGUGGGCCCCAGGGGGUGUCCUGCAGUGUGGGCAGCAGGGAGCCAGCGGUCAGAACGCUCUGUCCGCCAGAGAUGCAGAACAGCUGGCUCCUCUGGAAGCAAGAGAGCCAAAUCCAGCCCCUCCUGUGAAGGCACUGGAGGGCCAUGACCCAGAAAAACCCAACAAGGACGAGAAGGGUGCCACAGACAGCAGUGAGGAGGGCCUGGCCCCUGAUAGUGAUCUAGGCAAGAAGACCUACAAGUGCGAGCAGUGUGGCAAGAGCUUCAGCUGGCAUUCGCACCUGGUGACACACCGGCGCACGCACACAGGUGAGAAGCCCUACGCCUGUACAGACUGUGGCAAGCGCUUCGGCCGCAGCUCGCAUCUCAUCCAGCACCAGAUCAUCCACACCGGUGAGAAGCCCUACACCUGCCCCUCGUGCUGGAAGAGCUUCAGCCACCACUCGACACUGAUCCAACACCAGCGCAUCCACACUGGUGAGAAGCCCUACGUGUGUGACCGCUGUGCCAAGCGCUUCACGCGCCGCUCGGACCUGGUCACGCAUCAGGGCACCCACACCGGUGCCAAGCCGCACAAAUGCCCCAUCUGCGGCAAGUGCUUCACACAGAGCUCAGCCCUGGUCACCCACCAGCGUACCCACACUGGCGUCAAGCCCUACCCUUGCCCAGAGUGUGGCAAGUGCUUUAGCCAGCGCUCCAACCUCAUAGCACACAACCGCACGCAUACUGGCGAGAAGCCCUACCACUGCCUCGACUGCGGCAAGAGCUUCAGCCACAGCUCGCACCUCACCGCCCACCAGCGCACUCACCGCGGCGUGCGGCCCUACUCCUGCCCACUCUGCGGCAAGAGCUUCAGCCGGCGCUCCAAUCUCCACCGGCAUGAGAAGAUCCACACUACUGGGCCCAAGGCCCUGGCUAUGCUGAUGCUGGGAGCGGCAGCUGCUGGGGCUCUGGCUGCACCCCCGCCUGCUCCCACCUAGGGUGGGGGCAGUGCACCCAGGGCAGCUGGGACAGCCCCAUUGAAUUUGGGCCCUGUGUAGGAGCAACAGCCUUUGCUCCUGGCCUUGGUGGAGGUGGUGGGAGCCAAGGGUUGAGGGAAGGGAGCCUGGGAGGUACAGGCGCAGGGUGGGGCAUGGCAACGUGGGAGUAGCUUGGGUGAGAAGGCACAGGCACUUAGGGAAAAUUAAAGACCUUGGAAUUCAA